GGAUGCAGAGGACAGGGUUAGAUGGAGGCACAUGAUUCGCUGUGGCGACCCCUGAAAGGGAACAGCCGAAAGGAAAAGAAGAAGAAGAAAAGACGCUGCUGCCCGCCCCCCCGCGGCCGCAGGAGGAACUGCAGGAGUGGACCGAGAGCGGAGCCCCGGUGUCCGUGCAUCCAUCUUCAUCUUGGUCAUCCUCGGUUCAGUCGGUCCGUAAACAACGCGCUGGUGGGGAGAGAAAUCGAAAUGUCGUCUAACGAUUAUUCCCAAACAUCUGCCCAGGGCUAUGGGUCCUAUGGUGGAGGUGGUGGGGGAGGUGGUGGUGGUGCUAACCAGGGCUAUGGUCAGUCUUCUGGCCAGAGUUAUAGCCAGCAGGGCUACGGAGGCUACAACCAGAGCUCUGACAGCAGCUCCGGCUCCUACAGCCAGGGAGGAUAUAGCAGCUAUGGUCAACCCCAGUCAGGAGGAUACGGUUCUCCACCCUCUAACCAGGGUGGUGGUGGUGGUGGUUAUAAUCAUUCUGGUCAGUCUUAUAGCUCUGGAGGUUAUAACAGCAGCAGCCAGCCCUCCAACAUGAGCUACAACCAGCAAUCAUCCUUCUCUGGGUACAGCCAGCAGCAGCCUUCCUCUUCAUCCUCUGCAGGAUAUGAAGGUAACUCGCAGGCCCCUGGCUACAACCAGCCACCGAGCAGUGGACAGAGUGGAGGUGGUUAUGGCAGCAGUGGAGGGCAGACUGGUGGCUAUGGGGGCAGCGGGAGCCACCAACAACCAUCCCAACACGGAGGAGGUCACUACAACCAGCCUCCGAGCUACAACUCGCCCCCUCCACAGAGCUACAGUCAGCAGAGCCAGUAUGGUCAAGGUGAAGGAUAUGGAGACGACAGCCCACCGAUGAGUGGAGGAGGAGGUGGAGGCUACGAUAGUCCUGAUGGAGGUUACUUAGGUCAGGAUAGCCGUGGUAGCAGGGGCCGUGGGGGUGGAUUUGGAGGUCGCAGUGUUGGUGGAUAUGAUCGCGGUUUUGACCGAGGUGGCCGAGGUGGACCAAGAGGAAGAGGAGGCAUGGGAAUGGGCGAUCGUGGAGGAUUCAAUAAGUUUGGUGGACCAAGAGACCCGGGACAUGGAGGACCCGGCUUCAUGCAAGACCAGGAUAACUCUGAUAAUAACACUAUCUUCGUGCAAGGCCUGGGAGACGACUACACUGUUGAAUCAGUGGCAGACUUUUUUAAGCAGAUUGGGAUCAUUAAGGUCAACAAGAAGACCGGCCUGCCCAUGAUCAACCUGUACACAGACAGAGAGACGGGGAAGCUGAAGGGGGAGGCCACAGUUUCCUUCGAUGACCCCCCCUCAGCUAAGGCCGCCAUCGACUGGUUUGAUGGUAAGGACUUCAAUGGAAAUCCUAUCAAGGUGUCUUUUGCCACCCGCAGAGCCGACUUCGGAGGCCGAGGUAGCAUGAGGGGAGGUCGAGGACGAGGAGGGCCGAUGGGUCGUGGUGGAUUUGGAGGGGGUAGAGGUGGAGGUUUCCCAGGAGGCAAUGGGGGCGGCGGUGGUGGAGGAGGAGGAGGAGGAGGCGGAGGAGGAGGAGGAGGAGGACAACAGAGAGCCGGAGACUGGAAGUGUUCAAACCCCAACUGUGGCAACCUGAACUUCUCGUGGCGUAAUGAGUGUAACCAGUGCAAGGCCCCUAAACCUGAGGAUGCUGGUGGGAUGCCCCCAAUGGAAAGAGGAGGUUACGGGGGAGAGCGCAGAGGGGGGUUUGAGCGGGGCGGCUUCAGGGGCCGAGGUGGCGACCGCGGGGGCUUCAGAGGGGGUCGAGGAGGCGACCGGGGAGGAUACGGCCCUGGAAAGAUGGACGCAAGGGGUGACCACAGACAGGAGCGGCGGGGCCGUCCCUACUAAAUCAUCAAACCACGGACAAACUCUCCCCCUCCCACCUCGGUAUGAAGACCAGUGUGUGGACCCUCGUCCACACUGGGCCCAGCCCACACCUUCCACCUUUUCUAUAACUCCGUUAACUUUGACUAUUCAGUGUGUAGAAAAAUGUGACUAUCGCUGUUUUUUGUGUUUGCUUUUGUUCAUGUCACUCACUUCGUUCACGUCGAUCCACACUCCCUCCUUCUGCUCAGUGGGGCCUCAUUUAGAAAAACUAUCUUAGGAUCAAAUUCCAUCUUAAGAAAAAGAAAAUUCCCCUUUGUGUGUGUUUUUUUUUUUUUUUUACAACCUGAGUUCAUAUAUUUGGUCCUAAUGAUUGUGAUAUUUUACUCACCAGCAUCAUCACUGGAAACAGCUCUAUAACUUAACACGAGCAAUCAGAAAUGUUUCAAACAAGUCCAAUAGUAUCCAAACUACUCAUUACUUGUGCAGUGAGGAUGUUUUGAAUCUCAUUUCCACCACGUUGAAAUGAAAUUUAAUAGAGAUUUGGGCCAAGGAACGAGUGUUUCGUUUUUGGCGUGGAUUCAUUAAGGGAAUUCUUAACAUUGGGAUUGUGAUGGCGAAUGUUUAGUCAACAUUAUUAUUUUCUCAUGAACUGCUGCACUUGCAUGAAUGAAACAAAUCUGGCACUUUUCCCUAUAGUUCACAUGUGUAUUUUGUUGCGUAUCCACAUGCAAAUUAAACAUUUAAUAAACAAAUUUAUCACUAAAAUAAAUGUAUAAGAUUAUGGAUAAGCUGUCAUUCUAGUUCGGAAGUGAAAACAAAGGUGAACGGUAAUUUUUUUCCACCCAAACUGUCGCUGUUAACAUCAGAACUGCAUCAUGUUUAAACUUUGACCUGCUGUCCUUAACAGAGCACAGAUCUACAGUGUAAUGGAUGGUUUUACACUGUGAGUACCUUUAUCUUUGUUUUUACUUUGAGAUUUAGCAACCUGGGGAAACCUGUCUGAUGGCUCGUGUUGUUUUCACUAUUACACUCCUUUGAAAAUGUCUAGCUACUGAAGAAAUGAUUGCCCAAGCUGUGGAAAUAAGUAUUAUAAUAGUAUACUUAUUUAAAAAAUCAUUUUAAGUUGUAUCUCAAAAUCAAGAAGUUAUUUGUAGAAAAUGACUUUGAUGUGAAAAUACUCUUCAUCUUUAAUCAAACUGCUGCUUGUGUCAGAUCACAAGGGAACAACUCAACAGCUUAACAGUUAGGGGUGUAGGUCCAACACAAGCCUCAUGCAAGAACCAAUCUUACAAACGGGUUAGUAUGAGUUUGUCGCAUUCAUCAAUUUUCUGGUACUUAAAAUUUCCCCCGAGGUACCAACGAAACUCACGAGGGGUCCAUGCCCGUCCUACGUGUCAUGUAUGAAGGCAUUAGCAUACGUUUUUGGGGGGAUUUAAUUGAAAUAUUUUGGAAACGUAGACAGUUCAGUAGUUGUUAGGAAAAUUCUCUAAACUCCCUCCGUUGUACUGAGUAACAUUUAGGGCAGCAGCUAACAAUUAUUUUCAUCAUUGAUAAAUCUGCAGAUUAUUUUCUACGUUCAUCGAUUAAUCGUUCGGUCCAGAAAACCGAUAAACGGCCCGUCACAAUUGUCUUGUUUUAUCUGACCAACAGUUCAAAACCCAAAGAUAUUCAAUUUGCUUUCAUUUAAAACGAGGAAAAUCAUCAAAUUCUCAUAUUCGAGAUCCUGGAACCAUCAAAUCUUUUGUUGUCAUUUUCUGUUGAUCGACUAAUCAAUUAAUCGACUAAUCGUUGCAGUUCUAGCAACAGCACCUACCGUGUUCAGUCAUCCUUCUCCGUGACUUUUAAGUCCCCUCUAAGUUAUGGACCACGUUGCUCUAGCAAAACUUUGUUUCACCGUCUAACUUCAUGUCAAACCAUGAACAAAUGAAACAGUUCGUCUUUUAUAGCAAUUUGGGGGUUUCGAUUAUGCUGAUGAUCACAUCUCACAGAUGCAGCACCUGAAGAGAUGGCAUUCAUCACAUUUGUGCAGUGAGAGAGUUCGGUGAAUCAGACUCGGAACUUACGAGGAAAUGUCAGAGAAAUGCAGGUUUAGCAUAAAAAUACAGAAAUGUUCUUGCGUGAGGCCCAAUAUCUGUUUUCUUUUGUGUUUGUCAGCAGAAACUGAACUAAAGCCGCUCCUUCAAGUUCAACAGGUGUAAAGUAAACAUUACGGUCUGGGAAUUCGGUGUAGCAAUAGUCACUUGUCAAAAACGAAUCAGACUCGUGCCGCCAUCACACCUGCCAAACUGAAUACCAGUGUCAUAGGAGAGGAUUUUAAGAUUAUGAUCAAGUAAAAUCCACUUUUGUAAAUGAGGCCUCAUGUCUGCAGAUGCAUUUAAGAUGUUUUUGUUGAGACAGAACUCUUACUAGUAUAUUUAUUAUUUUUGAGUUGUUUUUGUACUGUGCAUGUGCUGGUUUUCAAAUUAAAGUGUUGAUAAAACCAAA